AUGCUGAAAAUGAGACUUAUGACAUUGGCCGCCGCUGAACUUUCCCGACGUGGGCCUCUUGGAGACGGCCGAGCUUGGUGGACGCCGUGGAGGAGUGAAAUCUCUUCUCUGUCGCUUAUAAAAACGGCGAUUACUUCAGGUACUUGGCCGAGUUUAAGAUCGGCGCCAAGAGAGAAGCCGCCGCCGAUAGCACCCUCUCUGCCUACGAGUCUGCUCAGUGUGGAAUACAAUCUGUCGUAUGUGUAUCACGCUAUGUAUGCUUACUUCGAUCGGGAUAACAUCGCUCUCAAGGGUCUUGCCAAAUUCUUUAAGGAAUCGAGUGUGGAAGAAUGA